GAAGGAAACGCCUUGUGGACGUACUUAUCGAGAGCACUGAGGGAGAACUAAGGUCCUUUCCACUAAAGUUACUUUUUCUUUCUUCUUCUUUCCUGUAAACAAGCCAGGAUGGACUUCAUGCAGGUCGUGAUGUUGUUCUUUAUCGAAUGCUAGAGACGAGAUGGACCGCUCUCUCUAAAAUGCUUCACUUGAAAUCCCUCCUGGCUGGAUACUCCUGCAUGUCGGUGUACAGAUUCAUCGCAGUCGAAGCGGACACGCAUGGAGUCACUUUGUGCUGAUGGAGCUUAAGUCGUCUUUUACGUGAUGUUGUGACGACGACCGUCUCAGACUAUUGGAUUUCAAAUGUGCAAGCUGAGCUAAAUGCCAUCUAACGUGGCUGCACAACUGCAGCUGCGAAACUGGCCAAUAACUUGGUACUUUAAGGCUUUCCAACUGGCCCGAGACUUCCAAAGCCAUCAAACCAAUGAAGGGGAAACGUAUUUGUCGCAGUUUCAACGGGAUAUAAAGAAGAAAGCAUGCCUUUAAGAAAAAGAGAUACGGCCCGAGCAUUAGGGCUGCUGGAGGAUUACUGUUCCAAACUGAGGAAGCCAGAGGAGCAGCAGCUAAAAGCUGCCAUUCUGCGUGUGAUGGGUAUCUUCAGAAGCAGCCUCUUCCAGGCGCUCAUAGAUAUUCAGGAGUUUUACGAGGUGACCCUGUUGAACUCUCAGAAGAGCUGUGAGCAGAAACUGGAGGAGGUGAAGCACAUGGCAGAGCAGUGCGAAAACUCGUCCACCAGCCCCGGCUUCCCGAACGCACGCCCACGGCCUGCUCGCAUACAGCUGGAGGUGAUAGAGAAAAGCCAUGCAGAGGAGCCUGUGGCUGACAGCAAUGCGAGUGCAGCGAACAGGCCGCCGGCAGUUCAGGGCUCCCAGCAGCAGACCCAGCACACUCCGGCCUGUAUGAACCCCAGCCCGAACCCGGCCCUGAUGAACUCGCCCUGGUAUCAUUAUCAGGAUGACGAGUCCCCACCGGAGCACAGUUACCCUCGGUUGACGGAGGCGCGCGCUCCAGAGCUGGUGCACGUAUCAGAGAGGAACCUGUCGGAGAUUGAGAAUGUGCAUGGAUAUGUCUCACACUCACACAUCUCACCGCUGAAGCCUGCUCAGGUUACCCGGUUUGAUCUAUCAUUUCCGGGGUUGACCGCCGCAAACUACCUGGCAAGUCCAGCACCAAUUAUAGUCAACACAGACACUCUGGAGUCAGUACCUUAUGUCAAUGGGACUGAAAUUGAAUACGAAUUUGAAGAAAUUACGCUGGAGCGGGGUAACUCAGGGUUGGGGUUCAGUAUAGCGGGUGGGACAGAUAAUCCACACAUCGGAGACGAUCCUGGAAUCUUCAUCACUAAGAUCAUCCCCGGUGGGGCGGCGGCUGAGGACGGCAGGCUCCGGGUGAAUGACUGUAUCCUGCGUGUUAAUGAAGUAGACGUGUCCGAGGUGUCCCACAGCAGAGCCGUGGAGGCGCUGAAGGUGGCUGGCUCUAUCGUUCGACUUUACGUACGCAGAAGGAGACCCAUGCUGGAGACCAUCGUCGAGAUCAAACUCGUCAAGGGACCAAAAGGGCUGGGGUUCAGUAUUGCGGGGGGAGUUGGUAACCAGCACAUUCCAGGUGAUAACAGCAUCUAUGUCACUAAGAUAAUUGAUGGAGGAGCAGCGCAGAAGGAUUGCAGGUUACAGGUUGGAGACAGGCUUCUCAUGGUUAAUAACUACACUCUGGAGGAGGUGACCCAUGAGGAGGCAGUAGCCAUACUGAAGAACACGUCAGAUGUUGUGUAUUUAAAGGUGGGAAAGCCCACAAGUGUUUACCUUUCAGAUCCCUAUGGGCCUCCCGAUAUUACCCACUCAUUUUCCCCUGCUAUGGAUAAUCAUAUCUCUGGUAAUAACGGGACUCUGGAGUAUAAGUCCAGUCUUCCUCCCAUCUCUCCUGGACGCUACUCGCCCCUGCCGCGCCACCUGCUGGGGGAGGAGGACAUUAACAGGUUGGAUGGCUUUUCAUUCUUACGAAAUCCCUCCUUAGAUGACGGGGAGGGCCACAGGUUUGAGUCCCAGCACUUCCAGUUGAGGCCUCCAGAGCCAGUUUACAGCACUGUGAAUAAACUGUGUGAUCGUGCUCCCUCUCCCCGUCACUAUUCCCCUGUGGAGUUUGAUAAAAGCCCAAUGCACUCCGUCCCUUUUCCCCACUACCACCUAGGUGUGAUCCCCGACUCCGAUAUUACCAGGGAACCGAGGAAGAUCGUGCUGCAUAAGGGCUCCACCGGACUGGGCUUUAACAUCGUAGGAGGUGAAGAUGGCGAAGGAAUCUUCGUGUCCUUUAUCCUGGCGGGAGGACCGGCUGACCUGAGCGGCGAGCUGAGAAGAGGAGACCAGAUCUUGUCUGUAAAUGGCAUUGAUUUGCGAGGAGCUACACAUGAACAGGCUGCGGCUGCACUCAAGGGGGCGGGUCAGACGGUGGCCAUCGUCGCCCAAUACCGGCCUGAGGAGCUUGCGCUGUGCUCUCCACGUCGGGCCGCGCCUCCAGCCACAGAGUACGGUCGCUUUGAGGCGAAGAUUCAUGACCUGAGAGAGCAGAUGAUGAACCACAGUAUGAGCUCUGGAUCAGGAUCUCUGCGAACCAAUCAGAAACGCUCCCUCUAUGUCAGGGCCCUGUUUGACUAUGACCGGUUGAAGGACAGUGGCUUACCCAGUCAGGGUCUAAGCUUCUGUUAUGGGGACAUCCUGCAUGUGAUUAAUGCGUCAGAUGAUGAAUGGUGGCAGGCGCGGAGAGUCACUCCAGACGGAGACAGUGAGGAGAUGGGGGUCAUCCCCAGCAAAAGGAGGGUGGAGAGGAAAGAGCGAGCUCGGCUGAAGACAGUCAAGUUUAACGCAAAGCCUGGCAGCAUUGACUCUAAAGGGUCAUUCAGUGAAAAACGUAGAAAGAACUCCAUCUUUUCACGAAAGUUCCCUUUCUACAAGAACAAGGAGCUGGAUGAACAAGAUGGCAGCGACUCGGAACGAAGCCAAGAAGAUGUGAUCCUCUCCUACGAGCCUGUGAUUCGGCAAGAAAUCAACUAUGCCAGACCAGUGAUCAUUCUUGGGCCCAUGAAAGACAGAAUCAAUGAUGAUCUUAUCUCUGAAUUCCCAGAUAAGUUCGGCUCAUGUGUACCACAUACCACAAGAGCAAAGCGAGAAUAUGAAGUUGAUGGGCGCGAUUACCACUUCGUCAUCUCACGAGAGCAGAUGGAGAAGGACAUACAAGAGCACAAGUUCAUCGAGGCCGGACAGUACAAUGACAACCUGUAUGGGACCAGCGUGCAGUCGGUUAAAUACGUGGCUGAGCGGGGGAAGCACUGCAUACUUGACGUAUCAGGAAACGCCAUAAAGAGGCUACAAGUAGCACAACUCUACCCCAUUGCUAUAUUUAUAAAGCCUAAAUCCAUCGAAUCAUUAAUGGAGAUGAACAAGAGGUUGACAGAAGAACAGGCUAAGAAGACAUAUGACCGGGCCAUGAAGCUGGAACAGGAGUUUGGCGAGUACUUUACAGCGCUGGUGCAGGUAGACACGCUGGAAGAUAUUUACACUCAGUGUAAGAUGGUAAUAGAGGAGCAGUCAGGACCUUAUAUCUGGAUUCCCUCCAAAGAGAAGCUAUAAGGAACAAACUCGCCAGCCAGGGACUUCUGAACUGCAAAGGAAACAAAACAAACAAAACAAAAAAAAAAACAUAGGCAUCAUUUGUAACAUAUGAUAAAUUAUUAUGGUAAUGUUUCUUAUUGAUAAUUCUAGUGAAUAUGAUUUCAUUCGUUUGUUUGUCGUUCGUUUGUUUGUUUGUUUAUUCGUUAUGUUGCUUUUUUUAUUUCACUUUCAAUAUGAAUGUUUUUGAAUGUACACCACAAAGUGUUGGAGACUUUUUUUUUUUGGGCCUCGUUAAAAAAAGGGACAGUUUGUAUGUAUAUUGGAUAGUAUUUUUCAUUAAGAGAAAAACAAAAAAAACAAAAACAAAAAAAUCUCAGAUGCAUCAAAACAUACACUGGCCGUUUUUGUUCACGUUGAUCCCAGUUGGAGUUUGAACAGGAAAGAUGGAGCAGACAGGCUCAGCACUCUGGGAGAUGGAUGAGCUGUACACCGUCGCCGUCCCCUUAAACGAUAUCAGUUUCGCUCGCUUCAUGGCCAGUCGCCGCCCUGCCGGACCCCGCUCCCCGCCGUCUGCUCCCCGCUGUCUGCUCUCUUUGCAGCACUCUACAUCUCACCCAGUUUGGAUCUAUGCAUUCCACUUCCUCCUUUUUUUUUUUUUAAUUGCUACACUGAUUUUUCUAUUUAUUUUUCACCUUGUCCCCUCUGAGUGUUUUCUUAAAGAUUUCUAAUGUCAAAUUGUACACAUAGCUACUCAGAAAAAAAAAGUGGAAUGAUGCUUUAAUUUGUGUGAACUGUAAAAAGGGACACAGCUAGGUAUAGGCACUAUAUAAAUCAUUAUAUGACACUAUAUUUUGCUAUUUAUAUUGAUAUAGGGCACAACAGAAAGGACUAUUUAUAAAUAUGUAUAACUUUGUUUUAAAAAAACACUUUUGAAAAAGAUUUUAUUGGUGUAAGAUAAAGUCAAGUAAGUAGAGGUAGAAAUGGUUUGGGGUGUCGUGCAUCCUAUGAGAGCUAGACUUUAUUAAGGAAGUGCGGCUGUGUGUUUGUCUGUGUGUGUAUGGGUAUGUAAGUGUGAAAGAGUGUGUCAGAUAAUGCAUGGUGGUGACCAAUACUUUUCUCAAACUUGUGCUGUCUGAAUGCAAAAUGUGAAGAUUUGGAGUUAUCUGUAUUCUGGUUUCUGGUAAUGUUGUAGCAGCUAAAGUUGGAGACGUUCAGAUUUUUUUGCUGAGGUUGGUGCCAUGUGAAAGUACUUUCUGUUUCCUGCUCCAGGCAUGUCUCUAUUAAUAAGUACAAUGAAGAACACAGGCUUUCAACAUGUACAUGGCAGGAAUGUGUGUGCAAAACAGACUGCACAAUAUACAGAUAAAAGAAUAUUAUUAACAUUAUUAUUAUUA